CCUUCCGCCCAGGCGGCCCACCCGGCCCGCACCGCACGCACCAUGCGCCCUGGGCGCCUUUAGGCUCGGGUUCGCGCCCCACGCCGCCUUGGGUGCCAUGGCUGUCCCCGGGUCUCGGGCCUGCAGCUGGGCGGCAGUGGCCAAAGCGGUUUGUGAGCGCCGCCUCGCGGAGGGCGCGGGAGGGUCCCCGAGUCCUGAGCCGGCCAGCCUGCGCGCCGCGCUUUACGUGCACUGGCCUUACUGUGAGAAGCGCUGCAGUUACUGCAACUUCAACAAGUACAUCCCCCGCGGCCUGCAGGAGGCUGCCAUGCGGAGCUGCCUGGUAACCGAGGCUCAGACGCUGCUGCGGCUAAGCGGGGUGCACCGGGUGGAGUCUGUGUUUUUUGGCGGGGGGACCCCCAGCCUGGCUAGUCCCCACACAGUGGCUGCUGUCCUGGAGGCCGUGUCACAGGCUACCCACCUGCCUGCAGACUCUGAAGUCACAUUGGAGGCUAAUCCCACUUCAGCCCCAGGCUCCAAGCUGGCAGCGUUCGGGGCAGCUGGGGUCAACAGGUUAUCCAUCGGCCUUCAGUCCCUGGACGACCAUGAGCUCCAGCUGCUGGGGCGGACGCACUCGGCCCGCGAUGCUCUGCGGACGCUGGCGGAGGCCCGGCGACUCUUCCCAGGGCGCGUGUCUGUGGACCUGAUGCUGGGGCUGCCCGCUCAGCAGGUGGGGCCAUGGGUCCGGCAGCUGCGGGAACUGCUGCACCACUGUGAUGACCACCUCUCCCUAUACCAGCUGACCCUGGAGCGGGGCACCGCGCUGUUCACCCAGGUGCAGCAGGGCACCCUUCCUGCGCCUGACCCAGAGCUCGCUGCGGAGAUGUACCAGCAGGGCCGGGCAAUGCUUCGGGAGGCUGGCUUCCGCCAGUAUGAGGUCUCCAACUUUGCCCGGAAUGGGGCGCUCAGCACCCACAAUUGGACUUACUGGCAGUGCGGUCAGUACCUUGGCAUUGGGCCUGGGGCCCAUGGGCGAUUUAUACCCCAGGGGGCCGGGGGCCACUCCCGGGAAGCUCGGAUCCAGACACUGGAGCCUGACAACUGGAUGAAGGAGGUGAUGCUGUUUGGUCAUGGCACCCGGAGGCGUGUCCCCCUGAGCAAGCUGGAACUGCUGGAGGAAGUCUUGGCCAUGGGGCUACGCACCGAUGUGGGGGUCACUCACCAGCACUGGCAGCAGUUCGAGCCCCAACUGACCCUGUGGGACGUGUUUGGAGCAAGCAAGGAGGUGAAGGAGCUGCUGGAUCAGGGCCUGUUGCUGCUGGAUCACAGGGGUCUUCGGUGUUCCUGGAAUGGUCUUGCUGUGCUGGACUCUCUAUUGUUGACCCUCCUGCCUCAACUCCAAGAGGCCUGGCAUCAGACAUCCCCCUCCCCUGUGCCAGAAGGAUGAUGACCAGAUGGUCCUGUAUCCCAGGGCAAUGCCAGCUGGGCUUUGGAGGGCUGGCCCAGCACUGCAGACACCUCUUCUGACAGGUGCCAUCUCUGCUUCCAAGUGGCGCUGUCUGUCCCUAGCUUCCUCAGGGGAAUGGCCAGCGUGAGAGUGACAGGAGGACGUUUCCGGUCUGGGAACCAGCAUCCCCUGCAGCAUGUCAGGCCCACAGACCAGCAUGUCCCCUGCUAGGCACUGCUCAUCCCCUCUGCCGGCUUCUGUUUGCCUUUUGGUUACCAAAUCAGGAACAGUGUUUGGGACUCUUUUGAUGGGAAUGACCUCUCAAGAAAACCUCUUCAUGCUGAUCUGAAGUCCUGAGACAGCUGUAUGAGUUGGGAAAACCAAAUCCCCUCUAGGUACUUCAAGCAGGAUGGGAUUUAAUACAGGAGCGAGGCAUUUACAAAAUCACAGAGAGGGUGAGCCAUGAGUGUCAGAGGAAGCCUCCGCCCACUGUCUAGAAGUCAGAAAGUCGCGAGGGCAUGGGACGCCUCUGCCGACGGUCUCAGCUGCUGGCAGCACAGACGCAGAUGGUUGACAGGAAAACGCCCUGGCCAUGCUGCAAAACGCAGUGCUCACUGCCUGCCGCAGGCCCCAGCUGUGCCCUGCACUGCUGGAGAAGGGGCAGUGGCUUCUGCAGGUGCCUCUCAUUAGGGGACUUUAAAGCACAUCCUAGCUGGCAGGAGGUUCUGGAAGAUCGUCUCAGGCUUCUAGCCCCUGCAGGUACAGGAGAACAUGAAAGGCCUGACGUCUCUCUCUAGCACGGCCGCCUGCUGGACCCCGAGAACGGGGAAGAUCAGAGAAGUCUUGCCCCUGCUGUUCUGGCUACCUGUCAGGAUACAUUUGGGGUGGCAGGAGCCACACAUGCUCCUGAGGGGCCACGCCCCCCCCCCUUCUCCCUGUAUCCUUUCCAUUGAGAGAGGGAAGGUGGGCAGGGAAAGGAGAGGGGAGAACUCAGGAAAGACCCAGAGCACUCGACAUCCUCCAUUGUCCUUGUACCUGCAGACAUCGCCACAUGGUGCUACUUCAAUAGCCUGGCGCCCCGUCUGGAGGCUGUCUUCACUCUGGUCCGCUUCUUUGUCCCAGCUCCUUCCCAGAGUGGAAUCCUGAUCUGGGGACUGGAAGCUUAGCCUAGGGCUAUGGUUCCUUCCCCCCACGCCCUGCAUUUUAUUUGGAAAGAUUUCAAACCUUGAAAGUUGAAGGGAACAGUUUGAUGGAAGCCCUACAUCACUCAUCUGCAGUGUGUGUAACGUCCAGAAAUGGGCAGAUAGUCAUCAAGCACUCCUUCAGCUUAUAAAAAUUCCAGCAGCCAAGGGCCAGUCCUGUAGCACAGCCAUCAAGUGAAAGAUGAAGAAAGCCGGGUCCCACACAGACCACCUGGUUUGAAUCCCAGCCCCAGAGGCUUGAGAAACACAGAAGGGCGUGGCCAGGAUCAUGAUGGGGUGGAGGGAUGGAGGCAGGAGGAUGGCUGUGUGACCAUGCCCCAUGGGGCGCUUUCUCUCGUUUGCUCGCGCUCUGACACAUGCACGUGCCCUCUGACAAUUAAAGAAAGACUUAAAGUCUUAAAAUA